AUGGAACAAAGGAAUGUGGUAGUUAUCGGUGCCGGAGUUGCAGGUCUUACGACUGCUCUUCUCCUGUCCAGACUUCCGGGAUACAAGAUAGUCGUUGCGGCUAAACAUAUGCCUGGGGAUUACGAUAUCGAAUAUGCUUCACCGUGGGCUGGUGCGAAUUAUAUGCCCAUGUCGACUCGUGGCACCAAGGCUGCAGAUUGGGAUAGGUACACAUGGACAGUGUUAGAGGAUCUAGCGCGUAACCACCCUGAUGCCGGAAUACACUUCCAAGAAUGCGAAAUACACAGCCGCUCGAAGGAUGUUGGUACGACAACCGCAAAAUGGUUUGGAGAGCUUUUAUCACCCAGCCCGUGGUUCAAGGGCGUUGUUCCUAAUUUUCGUGCUCUUCCCAAGAGCAGCCAUGGUCCUGGUUUUGACUCUGCGACAGCCUUCACGUCUGUCUGCAUAAACACUGCGAUAUACCUUCCCUGGCUCGUAUCCCAGUGUCUUAAAAAUGGAGUUGUAUUCAAACGGGCUAUUUUCAACCAUAUCUCGGACGCAGCCUCUCAAUCUGUUCACCCCGGUCAGAAGGUUGAUCUCGUCGUGAACUGUACAGGUCUUAUGGCUUCCAAACUGGGAGGAGUCGAAGAUAGGACCGUUGUACCCGCUCGUGGGCAAAUUGUGAUAGUCCGAAAUGAAGCUGGGAAGAUGCUAGAUGUUUCUGGAACUGACGAUGGCGAUGGUGAAGCAUGCUAUGUUAUGACCCGCGCUGCUGGCGGCGGUACAAUUUUGGGUGGCUCGUAUCAGUUGGGAAAUUGGGAUUCACAGGCGGAUCCCAAUCUUGCUGUGCGCAUUAUGAAACGUGCCGUCAAAAUGUGUCCUCAGCUUACGGGUGGGAAGGGAAUUGAACACCUCGAUAUCAUUCGACACGGCGUGGGCCUGAGACCCGUGCGGGCGAAUGGGACAAGAAUCGAGAAGGAACGCAUAGGAGACACUUGGGUGGUGCACAACUAUGGUGCGGGAGGAGCCGGAUAUCAGUCAUCCUAUGGAUGCGCCCAGGCUGCUGUGAGCCUCGUAGAGGAAGCUUUGGCGAGCAGGGCAAAGCUGUGA